GUGCAGCGUCAGGAGACGAACCCUCUCCAGCUCUACUGGUUGCGCGAUUUGAGUCCGACGUUUACCGUAGGUGAAAGGUCGGCGAGGCCAGCAUGGAGGAAGGGGGGCGGCCGACUGCGGCCCGAAGACGGUCGCGGGGCGGAAGCGUCGCGCAGAGCGGGGAGGAGGCGCGGGAAAGAAAAGCUGCAUUGCAGGCAGCUCUGAGGAAGAAGAGUGAAUGUGAGGCUAAAGCUCUUCACAUUGUUGAACGUCUACUUGAAAUAAAUGUUACUGAAGAAUUUCUGUUGGAUUGUAUAAAGUUUAUUACUGCUGCCCAUUAUCAGGAUGUUGUGGAAGAACGUUCCAUCAUUAAACAGUGUGGUUACCCUGUUUGUCAAAAUACACUUGGAAUUGUACCAAAGCAGCAAUACAAAAUAUCUACCAAAACGAAUCGAGUUUAUGAUAUUACAGAAAGAAAGCAUUUCUGCAGCAAUUUUUGUUACAAGGCUUCCAAAUAUUUAGAAGCUCAGAUUCCAAAGGAUCCACUGUGGUUACGUGAACAAGAAAGAGCUCCAGCAUGUCAAUUAUUAAAAGAGCAAAGAGGGAGUGCUGGCGAAGAAGUGAGAUUUCAAACUUCAAAUAUCCAGGUUUUGGAUGUUGAUAAUCCUCCCUUUAUGGACGAUCGACAUGUAUCUAGCUCCUCUUCAAGUGAAAGUGAUAGCAGUGGCUCUGAUCAAGAAUUUGUUUCAACCAUCCUUAUGGGAGAAAAGUAUAAUUUAAAAUCUGCAGGGCACAAACAAUUCAAAAAAAAGCAGCAGGUUAUGAGUACAAAAUCUGGAAAAACAGUACCAGUGCCAAAAUCUACAGAGAUAGAUCAUGAGGUAGAAAAUGUUGCACAACAAUUGAAGGAAUAUCAUGUUAAUAAUGCAGAGACAUCCAGUUCUAGAUUGUCCCAGAAUGCUGGAAGUAACCCGUUGACUUUUGCACUAAAGGAAGAAACACCUCAGGCAGCAGACCAAGAUGUACCUCAAACAACUUCCUCAACUGGAUUAAAAGAUGAUGAGAAACUUGUAACAAGUAAUGUUACAACACAAGGUCUAAGUAAGAAGGGUGCUGCAUCACUGAAAAAACUAAUAGCAACAUCAAAACAAUGUAACCUUGAUGGUUCAGGUAGAUCUGGUUCAGGUAGAUCUACUUCAGGUGUUGAAAGAAAUGUGCUAAAAUUACUAAGACAAACAUUAAGUGAAUGGAAUACAGAAGAAACAUCAAGAUUUCUUUAUGGUUCAAAUUUAAAAUGCAAAAGAACACAGUGCAGUUUGCCACGUCAAUCAUCUCAUGCUACUGAAGAAGAACAACUUGAUGAAGAUGACUUGGAUAGCCUGGAAGUCAUUGAAAUUAUUGAUCCUAAUGAAAAUGUUAGCAAAAGUGUCCACGUGGAUAGGUCAGAGGCCAAUGUUAGACCAUUACCAAAUUUUGAACAACUAAAGCAGGAAUCUGAAUUACUUCAUCUGAAGGUCAAAGAGUUUUAUAAAGGGCGGUAUGUUUUGCCUGACAACACUGAAAAUAACUGUGAGGAAAAUUAUCAAUCCGCAACUUCUGAAAGUAGAGAGAAGAAUCCAGUUCUUCCAUUGGUAGAUUCUGAAGCACAGCAUCAGAUCCGCAAACGCAUUGUUCUAGAUGCGCUUAAAAAAGUCUUACCCAAGUUAUUGGUACCUUUUCAACUUUCGAUGUCUGAUAUAUUUUCUGAACUAAAUAGCCUUGUAAAAACCUUCAGACUGACCAACAAAAAUAUUAUUCACAGAACUCCAGAGUGGACCUUGAUUGCAGUUGUGCUGCUUUCAGUGCUGGCUGUGAAGAUUUCACAACUUCAGGAGUCCCUGCAGAGGCUCACCUCAGAACUGUUUGUAUCUACUAUUCUGAAAGAAUUUCAUAUCCAGAUUGAAGAGCUGGAGAACUUGAAGAACAUUUUUCAAAUGCCAUGAUAAUGAUUGAGGAUGAUAAGUGGAGCGCAAGAUGUCGUCCAAAUGAUACAAUCAACCAGAUUUAUCUCUCCCUAAAGAUAAAUGAUGCAAUGUAUUUUCAAAGUCCAGAAGUUGACUGGUUUUAUUUAAGCUACCUUAUUCAACAAAAAUAAUUUAAAUAUUGUUGGAUUGCAAUACCUAAAUAAAUAUACAGUAUUCCUUGUC